AUGGUUUUUUUUGUCAUUUUUUGACAACAUAAGAAGCAACAACAGAGUAGGAAGCCAAAAAGUAAAAAUGGCAGAAUAUCAAGUUUUAGAUUCAGGCGAAGCGAUUGAAAACGAAUUUAAUUAUCAAGUGCAACUUUCAUGUCGUCCACAUGCUGUCGAAAUCAAAAGUUUCAGCGUUAAUUUAAUUCGUUUAUUCGCAAUCUUACACAUCGCGAACGCGUCGUUGCUAAUUGGACUUGGAAUCGGACUACUAGAAACCUUAAACAAAUCAAACCAAUUCAACAAAAAUGGAGGUCCAAUUUGGGCAGGUGGUUUUAUUUGUGUCACUGGGAUCAUAGGAAUGAUUGUUUCUUUCCAACCAAAGAAUAAAAAAAUGGUAACUACAUAUGUUGUGUUUAAUAUCAUCGCCUCCAUCUUGUCUGCUGCAGCUUUGGGAUUAGCAAUCGCAGGAUUACGAGUAUUCGAUUCCUGUUCAUAUCUUCAGUUUGCAAGUGAAAAAUAUGUAACAAAAAUUAGAUAUCAAAGGAAAGGAAGAUAUAGUUAUUAUGGAUUUAAAUACUCGUCACAACCAUACUAUUAUACCGGCUACGCCACCGUAACUUCCACUCCAUUUUAUUACCCGAAUGGUUGCUAUGCUGGAAUACAUACAGGGAGGGCUUUGUAUGGCGUUGUCGUGGCAUUUGCACUGUUUGAAAUUGCUGUGUCAGUAACAAGCUCGUUAUUAUGUUCGAAGUUAUACGAAUGUUGUGCAUGCUGUGAAUACAAGGAGAAGGAUGACAGCGAAACAAUUCAAGGGAUUAAUUCAAAUACGCAACCGUUGAUGCAGCGUCAACAGAAUCAAAAUUCAAUCCAGUCAUCACAUAACAAUGCACCAGGGUUUGUUCCACAUUUAUCGCAGCGGCAAAUAUUUCAGUGAGAAUGUUUCAAUGGAUCAAAGUCUCUGUUCUGUUACAAAUGUUGGACAUUUUGUUUAUCGCUAAAAGAUGAUGAGAGGUAGAAGGAAUUCUUGCAAUACAGUGUGAUAUGCAUAGGGUAAAGGAGGGAGAGGGGUAAUUUGAGUAUGUUUUCGGAUUUUGUUACAGUUUUUGCCAAAUUAAAAAUCUGCUUUUCCACUUUUACCUCUACCCAAAUAAAGUCUGUGUCUAUGACCCACAAACAAAGAAUUGCCUUUUACUCUGAUUUGUCUUUUAAUCUAUUUUUGAUCAUAAUAAUUCACCACUGUAAUAUAUGCAACUCAUUGGAUUAUCAUCAUGUGUAUGUAGACUUUGUUUUAGUACAUAAUAUUCUGAACAUGAGUACAA